UCUUUCAUUGCAGAGGUCAUCCUCAGAGCUGCUCAGAAGGCAUGGACCAAAUAAAGCUGGUGCUGGGCAGAAGGGGACCAAGGGCCAGCUGCUGGAAGGUGACCAUCAUUGCCACUGUCGUGGGCAGUGUGACAGCUCUCUACCUGGGGAUCCUGCUGGCCUGUCAUCCUGCAGCAGAGACCAGCUUUGAGCACACUGUGGAAUUGCGAGGGAUCACGUUCAACAGCAGCUUGCAGGCAGAGAACUCAGACUACUACCGGGUGCUGACGCCCGCCCUCGAGAGGCUGUUUCUGUCCAGUUUCCAGGACUCCCAUCUGGACUGGAGCUGCACUGGUUGCACCAUCCUGGGCUACAGCAGGAGUGGGAACUCGAGUGUCAUUGUCCGUUUCCGCCUCCGCUUCGCCCUGCAGGACUCCCAGCCCCUCAGCUCUGCCACGGAAGAGGACGCACUCCGACACGGGCUGGCGGCCGCACUGCAGGAGCAGGGCCUCUCCCUGGCCACCUUUGGGACGAUAUCCUCAGCUUCUCUUACAGCUCCCAGUGAUGUUUCUCCAUACAAACCAGGACUGAAAUCAGGGAGCUGCCCUGGUGACAUGUUCAUGUGCCACAACACGCAGUGUGUGUGGAAAGAAAACCCUGAAUGUGAUGGCCAGAAGGACUGCGCCGACGCCUCUGAUGAAAAGGGCUGCGACUGUGGGAGCCGCCCUGCCAUGCAGACUACCAGCAGGAUAGUCGGAGGCACAGAGGCAUCCAGAGGGGAGUUCCCCUGGCAAGUCAGCCUGCGAGAGAACAAUGAGCACUUCUGCGGUGCUGCAAUCCUCACAGACAAGUGGCUGGUGUCUGCUGCUCACUGCUUUACGGAGUUCCAGGACCCGGCCAUGUGGGCAGCUUACGCAGGGACCACCUCCAUCAGCGGUGCAGACAGCAGUGCAGUGAGAAUGGGCAUUGCCCGGAUCAUCCCUCACCCCUCCUACAACACCGACACAGCUGACUACGAUGUGGCUGUGCUGGAGCUGAAGAGACCCGUGACCUUCACUAAGUACAUCCAGCCCGUGUGCCUGCCACACGCUGGGCAUCACUUCCCUACCAACAAGAAGUGCCUGAUCUCUGGCUGGGGAUACCUCAAGGAGGAUUUCUUGGUGAAACCUGAGUUCCUGCAGAAAGCAACGGUAAAGCUGCUGGACCAGGCACUGUGCUCCAGCCUGUACAGCCAUGCCCUCACAGACAGGAUGCUCUGUGCUGGUUACCUGGAGGGGAAAAUUGACUCCUGCCAGGGGGACUCUGGUGGGCCGCUGGUUUGCGAAGAACCAUCUGGCAAGUUUUUCCUGGCAGGAAUCGUGAGCUGGGGAAUUGGAUGUGCUGAAGCCAGGCGGCCGGGGGUUUAUACACGUGUUACCAAACUGAGAGACUGGAUCUUGGAUGCUAUUUCUCCCUUUCCCACCUCCAUAACACGCACUGUCCCACUAAUACACUCAAGUAGUAACAGUAAUGUGGUCACCGCUGAAGAACUCAACGCCAUCACCAGCACAGCAAUCCCCACCUCUUCACCAAUUGCCAGCAAACCAGCAACUGCACCCAAACCACAAGAGUGUGGAGGACGACCUGGCCUUUCUAAACCCAACAAGAUUGUGGGAGGAACCGAUGCUUCCAGAGGAGAGAUCCCGUGGCAGGUCAGCCUGCAGGAAGACUCCAUGCAUUUCUGUGGGGCAACGAUCAUUGGGGACCGCUGGCUGCUGUCAGCUGCACACUGCUUCAACGAGACAAAUCCAGAAGAGAUUGAAGCCUACAUGGGAACAACAUCACUAAAUGGAACUGAUGGGAGCGCAGUGAAAGUCAGUGUAACACGAGUGAUCCCACAUCCUCUCUUCAACCCCAUCCUUCUGGACUUUGAUGUAGCUGUACUUGAGCUGGCAAGACCCCUUGUCUUCAACAAAUACAUCCAGCCCAUCUGCCUCCCACUCGCUGUGCAGAAGUUUCCUGUUGGCAAGAAGUGCAUAAUUUCUGGGUGGGGAAACCUCCAAGAAGGGAAUGACACCAUGUCUGAGAUCCUGCAGAAAGCAUCUGUGGGCAUCAUAGACCAGAAGACCUGCAACUUCCUCUACAACUUCUCCCUCACUGAGCGGAUGAUCUGCGCUGGUUUCCUGGAGGGGAAGAUAGACUCAUGCCAGGGAGAUUCAGGAGGGCCCUUGGCCUGCGAGGUCACCCCGGGCGUGUUUUAUCUGGCUGGCAUUGUGAGCUGGGGAAUUGGAUGUGCCCAAGCUAAGAAACCUGGUGUGUACUCCAGAAUUACCAAACUCAACGACUGGAUUCUGGAUACCAUCUCACAGUUUCCCAGUCCCAGCACAGGUGCUCCUUCCAGUUCAGCCACCACCAGAACUACUGCAGACAUCCUCAUGCUCCAUCCCAGUACAGCAGCUACAAGUGCCAUCAGUGAAACCACGCUGAAUGAGAAGACUACCACCACCAUGGAAGAAACCUCCACAGCUCUGAAAUCCACUGAGCCUGCCAAGCCCACCCACGCUCCAGUGGUGCCUUGUACCAGCCUCACCUUCAGGUGUUCCAGCAACGUCUGUAUUGGAAAAGAAAAUCCCGAAUGUGACGGAAUUGUUGACUGCAGCAAUGGCUUUGAUGAGAGCAAUUGUGACUGCGGCUUAACCACUGCUCUGGCCUUCAGCAAGAUCGUGGGUGGGAGCUCUGCAGCUCGAGGAGAAUGGCCGUGGCAAGUCAGUCUCUGGCUUCGACAGAAGGAGCACAAGUGUGGGGCUGUCCUCAUUGCCGAUAGGUGGCUGCUCUCUGCAGCUCACUGCUUUGAUAUUUACAGUGACCCGAAAAUGUGGGUGGCAUUUCUAGGAACACCCUUCCUGAAUGGCAACGAUGGCAAAAUGGAGAAAAUAUUCCGUAUCUACAAGCACCCUUUUUACAACGUCUACAGCCUGGACUACGACGUGGCACUGCUGGAGCUGAGCAUGCCUGUCAGGUUCAGCAGCACUAUCAAACCCAUUUGUCUCCCAGACAACUCACACAUCUUCCAGGAAGGAGCCAGGUGCUUCAUCACAGGCUGGGGCUCCACCAAGGAAGGAGGCCUCAUGACAAAGCAUCUGCAAAAAGCAGCAGUGAAUGUGAUUGGAGACCAGGACUGCAAAAAGUUCUAUCCUGUCCAGAUCAGCAGCAGGAUGGUGUGCGCUGGUUUCCCACAGGGUACCGUCGACAGUUGCUCAGGUGAUGCAGGUGGGCCCCUGGCAUGUAAAGAACACUCAGGACGGUGGUUUCUAGCAGGAAUCACAAGCUGGGGCUAUGGCUGUGCCAGGCCGUACUUCCCUGGGGUCUACACCAAAGUCACAGCAGUGCAAGGCUGGAUCGCGCAAAACCUCAAGCUCUGAAGCUGAAUUUCACCACUCAGGGAAGGUGACGAAUGAGAAGAAUAAUUGCCAGGGGACACACCGACCCCACCACCACUACUGUACACUUUUUGGAUGCUGCAAAGGGGUGAAGAUGGUCUGCAAGUACUCAGCAAAUGCUUGUGUGGUAUGACCCACUGCAGUCGUUGACACUGGGUUAUUUGAUAACUGCUUUGCUUAGAAAGAUGCAAUUCUAGACUUUUUUUUUUCUAUAA